UGCAGAAAAUGACGUUUGCAUGACGUUUGUUAGUAAUAAUUAGACGAAAAUAUGUUAAUUACUAACAUAGAGUGUUUUUGUUAGUAGUUAGGUGAAAAAUUAAGACUGAUGGAAAGUAUGAUUCGUUAUUAGUGUAAACCUUCAAUUAGUCAUGAAAUUAGAAGAUGGAAGCAUUAAAAACGAUAUAAUUGUUAAUCCAUAUCAAGAAAGCAACGAUUAUUCCUACACUUUAGAAGAAACAAACAGCGAUAACAUUAUACAAUGUAACCCAGAUUUGAUCAAAAGCUAUGAUAUUUUAAAAUCUACUCCAGUUAAACAUAAGGGCAGAUUUUACCAACAAAUUCUAUCUAAAGCUGGAAAUAUUCGUAGUCAAAGUAUGCCAAAUUUUGUUGAACAGCAAAAGCAGUGUGAUAUGGAUGUGGCAGAUAUAUGUGAUAUUAAAGCUAAGUUACUAUAUGAUAGUGCAAGUCCUCCUGAAUCUCCUAAUAAAGAAUCUUGGUUCAAUUCCUGGCCAGAAAAAGUUAGUGGCUAUCGAAUAACUGCUGUAAGGGCAGGUGAUGUAAAGAAUCUCGUUAAAUCAAAUUCUAGUUUGUAUGUCUCUCUUCUACCUUCAAAUAAUCAAAAUGAAGACUGCAAAAACAAUACUCAUGGAAAAAUUUCUUUAAAUGAUGCUUUACAAAACAUAUCGCUAGCAUACAGCCCAGUAACCAGACAAUUACAUUUAAUUGAGAGUAAUGACAAAAUGGAACAAAAAGAAAAUAACAAUGUCUCAAGUGCUUCUUUAGAAAAUAGUGACAAAUGCUACCAAAGAACAUCAAAUGAAUCUUUUUUUAAUAGUUCAAAUUCAAGUGGACCUCCCUCUCCUUCUUCUUCAGGAAGUCUGUUGGAAGACAAAAAUUUAGUUGAAGAUGAAACAAGUAUUAAACUCAAAAAGAAGGCUUUAUCCAAUAUAUUUAAACGAAAUCUUUUCUCGUGGAAGUCUUGUACUAGUGAAGAGAAUGUGGGAAAAUGGAAAUUUUUCAGUAAAACAAGUGGUGCAGAAUCAGAUGUUUCUCCUCAACAUUCUAAAAGGUGUGCUAGAAUAGUAGCCAGUUCGACUGCACUAAUUCAACAUAUAAGGCCCUCCCAUUUACCUGCUAAACCAGAAGAUGAAGAACAAAGGCACCGAGAAGAAUACAAAGCCAUAAUAAUGGCUGCUAAAAAGAAGGAGGCUCAAACAAAUGCUGCAAAAGAGAAACAACAAAAAUUGCUUUUGGAAAUUGAAGAACAACUUGCCUUAGCUACUAAACACUUUAUUUAUAAAGUUCUUCCAAAUUGGGAUGUCAUGUAUAACACGCGUAAAACCAGGGAUUUUUGGUGGCAAGGUUUACCAUCUGCUGUUAGAGGGAAAGUAUGGAAAUUAGCCAUAGGAAAUGAAUUAAAUCUCACACAACAGUUAUAUGAAAUUUGUUUGGAACGUGCCCAGAAUCAUUUAAAUAGACCUGAGUCAAGCUGUGGCAGCUCUAAUAUCGACGAAGAAAGUAGCAUGGAUCUUAUACAAUUGGACAUUUCUCGAACUUUCCCACAGCUGUGCAUCUUCCAAGAAGGCGGACCUUAUUCUGAUGUUCUUCACUCGUUAUUGGCCGCUUACGUCUGUUACCGUCCCGACAUAGGCUACGUGCAAGGCAUGUCUUACAUCGCCGCAAUUUUUAUACUGAACAUGGACGAGCUGGAUGCGUUUAUCUGUUUUUCAAAUUUGCUAAAUCGAACUUUACACUUGGCCACGUUCACUUUAGAUCAAAACUUGAUGCAGUGCUAUUACAAUGCAUACAAAGAAGUUUUCAAUUAUAAUUUACCUAAACUGUACGGUCAUUUUGAAAAGUGUGGCCUUACACCAGAUCUGUACCUCUUGGAUUGGGUUUACACUGUUUUCGCAAAAGCUAUGCCUUUGGACGUUGCAUGCAGAGUUUGGGAUGUGUAUUUAAGAGAUGGAGACGAGUUUAUAUUUCGAACUGCUUUAGGUAUUCUACAUCUACAUCAAACCGUCUUAAUGGAAAUGGAUUUUCUUCAUGGGGCUAAAUUCCUUACACAUCUACCGGACGAUUUGUCAUCCGAACUACUUUUUAAAAGCAUACAAACAAUGAAUACCUGCAUUGGAAAACAAACAUUCAAUCAGAUCGUCGAACGCCAUAAGCAGACGGCUGCAGUAGACUUGUAGUAUAACACUCGACUUCUGUUUAAUAUUAGCUUACCUAGGUCGCAUGUUGGGUACUUUUUAAACGAACUAAGUAUAUUCUAGUUUUAAAGAAAAAUAUGCUUGGAAAUUAAUAUAUUUACCUGUAUCAAAUUUAUGUCCAAAUUUUUUUUAUACAAUUUUUUAUGAAACGAGAAUCUCAUUUGUAAAUAUGUACAUAAAGAAACAAUUUGCAAUGUA